AUGGCGGACGGAUCUUCUAAGAAGAGAGUAUUGCCUGCGCGUGAGCGCCGAGAAGCCGCAGCCAAGCGCAGAGCCUCACCUAUGCAGCAGCCUCCUGUACAGCGUUCGCGUAAACAGUCCACUCCUCUUCACUCCUCAGAACCUCGUCCAAAGCGGAAAUACACCAAGCGUGCCAGCAAGGUCAAAGAUGACACUCCGGUUCCUCGCUCCUCUGCUUCGGCCUCAGACGCCGAAGAUGCCUUGCCCACCAAAGUCACCGCCAACAAACCUCUCCCAACUUUAAAAGAAAAACAACCAACUAACUUGUCGCACAAUGAAUACCAGUCUGUUGCAGAGAGCGGCACCCUCGCGGUAUCUCUUAGUCGAUCUCGCCUUCAAUGGCUCUGUGAUGGAGUUUUCGAGAAGUACUGGAUUAAACCUGUCAAGAGAAAGGGUGUGGUUGAGGCUCCCCCCCAUAACCCGGAUGUUAAGUCGAUGCAGAAAUUGGGAAGUGCCACCAUUACCAUCGAGCCACACACUUUUGAUGCCAUUUUUUAUACUGUUCGUGAUCCAGCGGCACCCCAACCAUACCAACGCCAUCCGAAUCAACAUACUGCCAAAAACAAGAUUCCCCCUCCUCCCUCCUAUGGUAUGUAUCAUGCUUCGGGCCCAUACCAACAGCCUCGACCACAUGGAAUUCCCCCACCACCACCACCUCCUCCUCCAACUCCAGGCCCGCCUUCGUCGACAACAACUGCUCCUCCUCCAGCACAGCCUAUUCCAUCAUCCUCCGCGUCACCUUCCGCGCCCUCACGUGGCCCCGUCCCGGCCGGGCCUCUUCCACAGUAUACCAAACCCGAGGACAGUCGCAGACAGACCUCCAUUGCACCCAUUGCACCCUCGUCAUCUCCAAAAGAGCCUGCCCAGUCACCACAUCCGAACCAGACUCCAGAUCCACCACCUCCAGGGGGAAGAGGAAGUACAUCCGAACCAGUCAUUUUAAUGUUGGCCGCGAGGGCUGCAGGGGAUCCUCAAGUGAAGGAAUUGAUGAAGGUGGUGGCUACAUCUAAGGCGUCUCCUGAGCAACUAAAGGAAUUCCAAGCUCACAUUGACGAAUUCAACGACAUAAUUCGCCGGCGAGAAAACUUGACCGGUGAUGAACGACUACCGAGUAGACCGCCAUCGAAUCCAUCUGGUCUUCCUGCGCAAUUGGAGGGCUCCAAAGAAGUGAAGCCUGAAUCUAAACCAGCAACGCCCAAGCCAGCAACACUUGUGCAGGCUCCGCCUCCACCUUCUGCAUCACCACCAGCGCAUCAAUCAACAUACAAUUCAACACAGGUGCCGCCACGUCAACCUCCUCCCUCACCAGGACCCGGCCCGCUACCUGGCAUGAUGCAUACGUUUCCCACCCCUUCUCACCCAGCUCCCGGACCUGGCGUACCGAUGGGCGGCUACGUAGGCUACCCUCCACCUCCAAGACCAGAACCCAUUAUCAAGCAUAUUGUAUUGGAGUUGACCAGUGCUCCAUCUAGCAGUCAAUCUGCAUGCCAGGAUCGAUGGCUCUUCCCCGAGCAUGCGGUCUUGGAAAUACGCUAUGGAGGACUAGAGAUGGUCUGUUCGUUCUUCGUGGAACGGAGCGGCUCACAGAUACUGUCCAAGGUGGGUAUGGACGCAACAGACGAAGAGAAUAGCCGUGCGCAUGCAAAAUGGAAGGCCGAUCAGCACUAUUUUCAACCAGUGACGAUGACAGUCAAGGCAAUGAAUCACCGAACAAUUGAGACGAUCGCUCGAGCAGCAAAACCAUUACCAGCAGUGCAAGACUAUAUGAAGAACGUGAUGGGGAAAAGCCAACGAGCCCCAGUGGAGUAUUUGGUGCAACAGCUGCCACGCGAGAGAGGCCAUGUGGGUGUGGAAGGACUUGAGACUGGGUUCGUGGACAGUGGUGUGGAACUGGGCAGUGAGCCUGGCACGGAGGACGACGAAUUAAGAGACGUGUAUGGCAUAUGA